GGAAGUCCAGAGCCCUGAGGCUUCAUAGCUCUGCCCUGCUGCAUAGGGAGAGUCUGCCCUGAGGCUUGAGCCAGGCUCACCGCACUUCUUGGGCAGGUUGCUCUUUGAACUAGCUGCUUCUUAACUGACCGUUGUUUUAAUUUCUAGAGUGGAUCAUGACCCAUGAAGAGCAUCAUGCAGCCAAAACCCUGGGGAUUGGCAAAGCCAUCGCUGUGCUGACCUCGGGGGGAGAUGCCCAAGGUAUGAACGCUGCUGUCCGGGCUGUGGUUCGAGUUGGUAUCUUCACCGGCGCCCGGGUCUUCUUUGUCCAUGAGGGUUACCAAGGGCUGGUGGAUGGUGGCGACCACAUCAGGGAGGCCACCUGGGAGAGUGUUUCCAUGAUGCUGCAGCUGGGCGGCACAGUGAUCGGAAGUGCCCGGUGCAAAGACUUCCGGGAGCGUGAAGGACGCCUGCGUGCUGCUCACAACCUGGUGAAGCUCGGGAUCACCAAUCUGUGCGUCAUCGGGGGUGACGGCAGCCUCACGGGGGCCGACACUUUCCGCUCUGAGUGGAGUGACUUGCUGAGUGACCUUCAGAAGGCUGGUAAGAUCACAGCUGAGGAGGCUGCAAAAUCCAGCUUCCUGAACAUCGUGGGGCUGGUGGGCUCAAUUGACAACGACUUCUGUGGCACUGACAUGACCAUCGGCACCGACUCCGCCCUGCACCGCAUCAUCGAGAUUGUUGAUGCUAUCACCACGACUGCGCAGAGCCACCAGAGGACGUUUGUGCUAGAAGUGAUGGGCCGCCACUGUGGGUACCUGGCUCUGGUCACCUCUCUGUCCUGCGGGGCUGACUGGGUGUUCAUUCCCGAGUGUCCACCGGACGACGACUGGGAGGAGCACCUCUGUCGCCGGCUCAGCGAGACAAGGACCCGGGGUUCCCGCCUUAACAUCAUCAUUGUAGCUGAGGGUGCCAUUGACAAGAACGGAAAACCAAUCACUUCCGAGGACAUCAAGAAUCUGGUGGUCAAGCGCCUGGGAUAUGACACCCGGGUCACUGUCCUAGGGCACGUGCAGCGAGGUGGCACGCCAUCCGCCUUUGACCGAAUCCUGGGCAGCAGGAUGGGUGUGGAGGCAGUGAUGGCAUUGCUGGAGGGGACGCCUGACACCCCAGCCUGUGUGGUGAGCCUCUCUGGGAACCAGGCGGUGCGCCUGCCCCUCAUGGAGUGUGUCCAGGUGACCAAAGAUGUGACCAAGGCCAUGGAUGACAAGAGGUUUGAUGAAGCCAUGAAGCUGAGAGGCCGGAGCUUCAUGAACAACUGGGAGGUGUACAAGCUCCUAGCACACGUCAGACCCCCAGUCUCUAAGAGCGGUUCGUUCACAGUGGCCGUGAUGAACGUGGGCGCCCCCGCUGCGGGCAUGAAUGCCGCCGUCCGCUCCACCGUGAGGAUCGGCCUGAUCCAAGGCAACCGAGUGCUGGUUGUGCAUGACGGCUUCGAGGGCCUGGCCAAGGGUCAGAUUGAGGAAGCCGGCUGGAGCUAUGUGGGCGGCUGGACUGGUCAAGGUGGUUCCAAGCUCGGGACUAAAAGGACGUUACCCAAGAAGAGCCUGGAGCAGAUCAGUGCCAACAUAACCAAGUUUAACAUCCAGGGCCUGGUCAUCAUUGGAGGCUUUGAGGCCUACACGGGUGGCCUGGAGCUAAUGGAGGGCAGGAAGCAGUUUGAUGAGCUCUGCAUCCCAUUUGUGGUCAUUCCCGCCACUGUCUCCAACAACGUCCCUGGCUCGGACUUUAGCAUUGGGGCUGACACGGCGCUCAACACCAUCUGCACGACAUGUGACCGCAUCAAGCAGUCCGCAGCGGGGACCAAGCGCCGCGUGUUUAUCAUCGAGACCAUGGGGGGCUACUGUGGUUACCUGGCCACCAUGGCAGGACUGGCAGCUGGGGCUGAUGCCGCUUACAUUUUUGAGGAGCCCUUCACCAUUCGAGACCUGCAGGCAAAUGUUGAACAUCUGGUGCAAAAGAUGAAAACAACUGUGAAAAGAGGCUUGGUGUUAAGGAACGAGAAGUGCAGCGAGAACUACACGACGGACUUCAUCUUCAACCUGUACUCGGAGGAGGGCAGAGGUAUCUUCGACAGCAGGAAGAAUGUGCUUGGCCACAUGCAGCAGGGUGGGAGCCCUACUCCCUUUGACAGGAAUUUUGCCACUAAGAUGGGGGCUAAGGCCAUGAACUGGAUGUCUGGGAAAAUCAAAGAAAGUUACCGUAAUGGGCGCAUCUUUGCCAAUACCCCCGACUCGGGCUGUGUCCUGGGGAUGCGGAAGAGGGCCCUGGUCUUUCAGCCGGUGACGGAGCUUCAGGAACAGACAGAUUUUGAGCACCGAAUUCCCAAGGAGCAGUGGUGGCUGAAGCUGCGGCCCAUCCUGAAAAUCCUGGCCAAGUAUGAAAUUGACUUGGACACUUCCGACCACGCCCACCUGGAGCACAUCUCCAGGAAGCGGUCUGGGGAAGCUACCGUGUAGAGCUCUGGAGCAAGAGAAACAGCUCAUCUGGCCGUGGUCAGCUCGCCCCCGGCAGAGCCAAGUGCACCUCUUCGUAGUGUUAGUGCUUUCUCUAGGUUUCCUUUCAUCCUGCCGCCAUGACCAGUUCUGGCCAGGAGUGGGGGCGAGCCGGGUCGCCUAGAUAGGAUUUACCUAACUUCACCCAGCUGCUUGUUACCCAGGCUGUGCCCCUCUGCUGCCACUGCUAGCUGUCAGCUACUCAGAAUUUUCCUAAAAAUAAGCUUUAUUUAUUUCUUUGUGAUAACAAGGAGUCUUGGUUCCUCUACCAUGUUUACCACAAGGACAAACUGUAACUAUACUAAUAAAGGCCAGCUGGUCACUGUG